UUCCUGCUAGUCGCUUUACGUGAACGAUCUGUCAUUAACCGGAUAUUCCAGUCGUGCGCGCGAGAUAACGGUGUUUUGUUACGUCGAGCGUGCGAACCGUCCUGGUCUCUCAAUGUUUUUCUUUUUAACUCAGGAAACGGCUCUGGAGCGUGUCAUUUUUCAGAACUAAAGCCCAAACUUUUCCGCCAUGGAGCGAGCUAAUCUAGCUUGCUAGACACAAAGCUGAACAAGCCGGCUAGCACAAAACAAACGCCGCUCUCGUUUGACCCGAUUCGGUGACGCGGAGCUGGUAAACAUGGGAAGCGCUUUAAGGACGGAGUUAACGUGGCUGUUGAGUUCGUUGCACGACCCGCAGCACGUCGCCCGGUUUCAGGAGCUGUGCGGGGUGCGGAGCGCGUUCACCGGAAACCGAGCCGGCGCGCGAGACUCGUGCGGCGAAAAGAUGGACGGAGACCAGCGGAAGAGCGAAGGUAAAGGGAAGCAGCAGGACGUCAACGGCGCGGUGAACGGGACGGCGAACGGGGCCGCUGGAGAUAGCGCUCGCGCGUGCCCGUCUGACGGCUCCGGUACGGGCGGGACCGCGCGAGGCCCGCUGCGCAGGAACUCUCUGACCGGAGACGUGGGCCACCAGUUCGUGAUCGAGAACCGGUUCCUGUACUACGCGUUCACGCUGGGCACGGAGCUGGGCAACGAGCUGUUCUACAUCAGCUUCUUCCCGUUCCUCACCUGGAACGUGGACCCGUACGUCGCGCGCCGUCUGAUCGCGAUCUGGGUCUGGGUCAUGUACCUGGGCCAGUGCACGAAGGACCUGGUGCGGUGGCCGCGGCCUCCCUCGCCUCCCGUGGUCAAACUGGAGGUGUUUUACGACUCCGAGUACAGCAUGCCGUCCACACACGCCAUGUCCGGUACCGCCGUGCCGCUGGGACUGUUCCUGCUCACCUACGGCCGCUGGGAGUAUCCGUUCCUUCUCGGACUCGCGCUGGCUGUGAGCUGGAGCGUGCUGGUGUGCGUGAGCCGCGUCUACAUGGGCAUGCACUCAGUCCUGGACGUGAUUGCCGGUUUCCUCUUCAGCCUGCUCAUCCUGGCCGUUUUCAGUCCAGUCCUGGAUGCCAUCGACACGUUUAACCUGUCUUCCACUUACGCCCCCGUCCUCGUCGUCUCGCUCCACGCCGUCUUGGGGCUGUUCUCCUUCACCCUGGACACGUGGAGCACGUCCCGUGGCGACACCGCUCAGAUCCUGGGCACGGGCGCGGGCAUCGCCGUGUCGUCCCACCUCAACCACCAGCUGGCUCUGAUCCACGAUCCUCCCGCCUCCAUGCUGCCCAUGCAGGCUCCGCCGCUCAGCUUCGGCCUCUUCGGGUGGAGCUUGCUCCGAUUUGUCCUGGGCGUGGUGAUGCUGAUGAUCACCAGGGCGGUUAUGAAGGCUCUGACGAUCCCCCUGGUGUGCCGCGUCGUCGGGAUCUCGAGCCAGGACGUCCGCAGAGCCAGGCAGCACAUGCAGUGUCUCACCUUAAGAAGGAAAGAAAGAACGGAGUACGCAGGACUCUACAGAAGAGGGCAGGAAUGGAUAAGAGUUCCAUACAAUGGAAGGCGGUGGGAACCAAAACUAUUUGGUUACCAACAUUCUUCAAAAUAUCUUCCUUGGCGUUCCUUAGAAGAAAGAAAUGCAUACAGCACUUUGGUUGUCCUCAUGGUGAUGGGUGGCAAAUGACACGAGCGCCACCCAGUGGUGAGUACUUUCAGAGCAGAAAUAAUUAUAAAGUGUGUGUGUGUGUGUGUGUGUGACAGAGAGAGAGAGAGAGAGAACUUUUCACUUAUACUUCACUAUGAUUUUUGCCAAACGUUCAUCCAGCCCUUCUCAUUUAAAGGGGGAGAAAACCGAAUAACUUUAUUUGACCAUUAUGACCGUUAUUUCUGUCCGAGCACCAAAUCGAUUCUUCAGAUCCGACUCUGACUCCAGAUCAGCCGAAAAGAACCGACUCAGUGUUCUGAGUCAAAAAGAACCGAUUCCAACAUCCCCGCUGAGAAGAAAGAAAAAAAAACCCAAUAGAAACCCUUUUAGAAUUUGUAAUAGUUUUAAUGGUUAUAUUGGGUUGUAUUGUAUUGGUGUGAAUGGUCCCUGUGGAUACUAGACACAACAUUAAUAAAGACUGGUAAUGGUUAGCCAGUGGUUUGUAAUGGUAUUUGUAGUGAAACCCAUUAGAAUUCCUGUGAGGUUUCUGUUAGAUGUCUAUUGUUUGUGUGUUUUUAAGCAGGGAAACGAUUUAUACGAUCUAAUGCAAAGAUUUGAAUCAAAGAACUGAUUCGUUUGCGAAUCAAAGAACUGAUUCGUUUGCGAAUCAGAAAAUGAAUAUACUGUAUGGCAAGAUAAAGAGAAUUGCUAAUUACUAGUAUUUUAUCAGAUAAACAUAAAACAUUGUGGCUGUGUUUUUACAACUUGGUUACAGACGGCUUAGUUUUUCUGUCAAGUGCCACACACACAGACACACACACACACACACACACACACACACACAGAGUUUUACUCAGUAAACAUUUUACUAAACAAAAUGGCAGCUAGCAUCCUCUGUGAGGAACUACGUUAGCCAUGUCCAUAUUUUCUGGAAUCAAAUUUGUGCCAAACAUUUCGAAAAUAACUUGGCAAAUAUCAAACAAAGCAAGACUGUAAACAGGCCUUCGUUUCAAGCUCUUUUGUGUUUAUUUUUAGUUGUUUUCUAUUUUUUUUUAAAAUUCUCUUCUCAGUUUAUUACUGUUUUAGAUGCUUGACAAAUUGUUUGAUACUUUUGAUACACAUUUAAUUUGUAUCCUGACGCAUACAAGAACAGACUGGUGAAUCUUCAAAAUGGCCGCCAUGGGUAUACUGAAAAUCUUUUUGUUUUUUUUUUGUUUUUUGUCUUUAUUGUUAAUAUUUUUCUUGCUAUAUACUAUAAUGUUUUUUUUUUUUAGCAAGGCCCCAAAAACAAUCCUACCACUUUUUCUUUUUGAUUUGCACCCAAAUACACUGUACAAAUACUAUUACAACUUCCUGUGAAUCCUGUAAGUUUCUUUUAACCCGGAUCAUUUCAGUGUAUAUUUUAUUAUAAUAUAACUAACGACUGUUUUGUCCGGCGCAGGUGCGGUCACGAAGCUCCUGGAGGCUCCGAGAAAUUUGCAUUUAUUUGACAUCCUUCUAAAGGUUGCCAAUGAUUUAGACAUGUGUUUUUGAGAGAAAACACAUUUAAGGUAAAUAGUUUCCCCAGCUGUUUGAGUGGACAGUCUAAAUCAUUGUGUGUAACGUUUAUUUGAUACACUCGGAAAUUUGCAUCGCUCACUUGAAGGGUGUCAAUAAUUCUGGAGUUGCUUAAAUAAUAUGUAUAAAUGAUCUUGUGCAAAACAUUUAAAACCACACCUAAAGUCUUAAUGAGCAGUACAAAGCUGUUUUUAUUUUGUCUGGAUUUGGCAACUGUCUGUAAUGUCUUGCUGGGUCUCCCUCACAUGCCCACACUUCUUCAUGGACGGAGGAGUGGUGUUCUUCCAUCUCUGGAGAAUUUUACGCAAAUCAAUAGCUACUGUUUUGCAUGCUGAUUUUAAUUUCCUUAGGAAUACCAACUUUGCCUGUCAUGAAGCAUGGGCUUUAAGGUGUAACGCUUUUGGAGACAUUUUGGUUGCCAAAUGUGGCUUUGGGGAGUAUGACUAAAUUGUGUCGUCCUGAGGUGGUUUGUCACCUGAUUUACGUCUGUUUAUCUUGGGUGUAUUUACAGGACAGUUCCAACCCUGAUAUUAUCCUGAUACAUCUCCUAGCGACUCGUCCAUGAUAUCCAUACUUGUUCGGUCUUUUUCUGAUUGCGCCGUCAUAAACAUAAACGUUUAAUUUGCUUCCAGAGGCCUGUACAAUACAUGAUGUAGCUCUUGGGUUUUUCUUUAUUUACAUCUCUGAGCAUUAAAUGGUCUGUCCUAACCCUAACCUUUCCUUCCUAGGAAGAUUGGAAGAACUGUCUUGAAGGCUCUCCAUUUACAAACCAUCCGUCUCACUGCAGAAUGAUGAAUUUCAAAUUGUUUGGAGACGGCCUUAUAUCCCUUCCCAGACUGAUGAGCAGCAACAGUUGCUUCUCUGAGCUCAUGGCUGAUGUCCUUUCACUUCAGUGUUCCAGAACGCCAACCUGCCAAAAGUUCUUGCUUUUAUCGAGGUAGUCAUGGUUCUUGAUGAUGAACUAAUAUCAUUUCAUGUGCAUUUCAUUAGUAACACCUGGCUGCUUAUUACUCUCUUAAUCGCACUGUUCGUCGUCACCCAGAUGAACACGGGUUCCUUUCUGAGCCUGGAUCCUGAAAUCUUCUAAAAUCUUAUCACUGAAUAUCAUUUUAUUACCCUUAUGUUUUAUGUGUUUGACUUUUAUGACUUUUAUAUCUACAUUUGUGUUUUAAAAGAAAAAUAAUUACAAUUCAAUAACUAAAAAUAAAUAAUAAUAAUAAAACAAACAGAAUUUUUUUUGAUCGGUUUGCUUUAUUUGAUAGCAAUAAUGAACUGUAUCCUAGUUCUAUUUUUGUCUCAUUCGUCCACAAAACAUUUUUCCAUUUGCCUUCCAAUAAUAGGGCAAUGGUAGCUCAGUAGUUAAGACAUUGGACUAUUGAUCGGAAGGUCAUGAGUUCAAAUUCCAGCACCGCCAAGCUGCCACCGCUGGGCCCUUGAGCAAGGUCUUAAACCGUCAACUGCUCAGUUGUAUAAAUGAGAUAAAUGGAAGUCGCUCUGGAUAAGGGUGUCUUCCAAAUGCUAUAAAUGUAUUGUCGUUUGUGGUUUAUUUAACAUUUAAGGAAGGAGUCUCCAGUGUCAGCACUUUGUAACGGUCAGGGGUGCAGCUCUAAUUCUUCUGAAAGUUUUCCGACACCUACAGGACAGAGAAGUUUCCACUUUGCAGUUUCUCAGUAACAUGACAAGCUGUGUUUUUGUUUUGUUGUUGUUGUUUGUUUGUUUUUUGUCUUAUUGACUUCAAAAUAAAGCUAAAAGGAAAGGCUGGUGAAGAAAU